GCUGAGUCAACCCCUUAGGAGUGGAGGGGAAAAGAGCGGAAAAAACAACUCAAGACUUCUGUUGAGGGCAAAGCUCUGCGCCCGCGCUGCGCCGCGGUGACGAAAUUCCUUCGCGCCCGAAGUCGAGCGUUUUCAGCGCGGGGUGGCGGGCGCCUGCGCAGUGGCUCCCAGCGGGCGGUUGCUUGUUGGUUGUUGUAGUAACGGGGGAAGCAGCCGUCGGCGGCGGCCGUGAGCCCGGCUGGGGAAGGAGGAGAGGGUGGUAGGCGCAGAGCGCGGUCCCCGCCCGCCGGCUCCGAGCCAUGGGAAGAUGAGACAGGAAUCAGUGCCACCUAAAUUGUUUGAUCCAGUGAAUCUGCAAGGAAAGGUCUCUGAGGCCCCCCGUCUGCUGACUGCAUGACAAACCCUAAAGGAAAUGCCAGUCGUGAUGGCCCGGGACCUGGAGGAGACAGCAUCAUCCUCAGAGGAUGAGGAGGUGGUAAGCCAAGAGGAUCAUCCGUGUAUCAUGUGGACCGGAGGCUGCAGGAGAAUUCCAGUUUUGGUAUUCCAUGCUGAGGCUAUUCUGACAAAGGACAACAAUAUUCGAGUCAUUGGCGAACGUUAUCAUUUGUCUUACAAGAUUGUGCGAACAGAUAGUCGCCUGGUACGCAGCAUUCUGACAGCCCAUGGAUUUCAUGAAGUUCACCCAAGCAGCACUGACUAUAACCUAAUGUGGACAGGAUCCCACCUGAAGCCCUUCUUACUUCGCACCCUUUCUGAAGCACAAAAGGUUAAUCACUUUCCCAGGUCAUAUGAACUAACCCGGAAGGACCGACUGUACAAAAACAUCAUUCGAAUGCAGCAUACGCAUGGAUUCAAGGCUUUUCACAUCCUCCCUCAGACCUUUCUUCUGCCAGCUGAGUAUGCGGAAUUCUGUAAUUCAUACUCAAAGGACCGGGGACCUUGGAUAGUAAAACCAGUGGCCUCUUCUAGGGGGCGGGGUGUCUACCUGAUCAACAAUCCGAACCAGAUUUCCCUGGAAGAGAACAUCCUGGUCUCCCGUUACAUUAACAACCCCCUGCUCAUAGAUGAUUUCAAGUUUGAUGUGCGCCUCUAUGUGCUUGUGACUUCCUACGAUCCCCUUGUCAUCUAUCUCUAUGAAGAAGGGCUGGCUAGGUUUGCAACCGUGCGAUAUGAUCAAGGAGCCAAGAACAUUCGGAACCAGUUCAUGCACCUGACAAACUACAGUGUGAAUAAGAAGAGUGGAGACUAUGUGAGUUGUGAUGAUCCAGAAGUGGAGGAUUAUGGGAACAAAUGGAGCAUGAGUGCCAUGCUUAGGUAUCUGAAACAAGAAGGUAGAGAUACAACUGCAUUGAUGGCCCAUGUGGAAGACCUGAUUAUUAAGACUAUAAUCUCUGCUGAACUAGCUAUUGCUACAGCCUGUAAAACCUUUGUUCCUCACCGCAGCAGUUGUUUUGAACUCUAUGGCUUUGAUGUGCUCAUAGAUUCUACUCUGAAGCCAUGGUUGUUGGAAGUAAAUCUCUCUCCUUCUUUGGCCUGUGACGCACCUCUGGACCUAAAGAUUAAAGCCAGUAUGAUUUCAGACAUGUUCACUGUUGUAGGAUUUGUGUGCCAGGACCCUGCCCAGCGGGCAUCAACCCGGCCAGUUUAUCCCACCUUUGAGUCUUCCAGGCGAAACCCUUUCCAGAAACCUCAGCGUCCAGUGUCUGCACAGUUUCAGUCCUCAGACGCCAAACAGAUGACCUUUGUGAUCAUCCUUCAGAAGGCUGUGAGGAGCAUGGCGCAUUUGGCUUCCUCCUUGAAGUGCCCGAGGCAAUCAUCCUUGAUCAAGCGUUCCCGUCCCCUCUCUGCCAGUGAUGCGGAAAUGAAAAACCUUGUGGGCUCAGCCCGAGAGAAGGUUCCGGGGAAGUUAGGUGGUUCUGUGCUCGGUCUGUCAAUGGAGGAGAUCAAAGUUUUACGGAGAGUGAAGGAAGAAAAUGAUCGGAGAGGUGGAUUUAUUCGCAUAUUCCCUACAUCAGAGACAUGGGAAAUAUAUGGGUCCUACCUCGAACACAAGACUUCCAUGAACUAUAUGCUGGCAACACGUCUCUUCCCGGACAGGGGAAACCCAAGAAGAAGCUUAUUGACAGGAAGAACACGACUGGCUGCUGACGGAGCACCGGAAUUGAAGGUGGAGAGUAUGAACUCCAAGGCCAAACUGCACGCUGCCCUCUAUGAGAGGAAGCUCCUGUCUUUGGAGGUGCGGAAACAUCGACGACGGAAUGGCAGAUUGAGGGCAAUGAGGCCAAAAUACCCAGGUACCUGCUGCAACAUUAGUGAUUCUUCGCAUUUAGUGAUCACUCAACCAGCUGAAAUGAAUGUUAAAACCGAGACAGAGAGUGAAGAGGAGGAAGAAGUUGCAUUAGACGACGAAGAUGAAGAACAGGAGUCUUCCCAGGAGGAGUCUGCAGGGUCCCUCGGAGAAAGUCAAGCCAAAUACACCCCCCCACUGACUGUUAUGGUAGAAAAUUCACCCAAAGAAAAUGCCGCGAAAGUUUCUGAAUGGAACAAUAAAGGUGAACAGUGCUGCAAAACUGAGACUCAGGAGCCAGAGCCUAAAUUUAACCUGAUGCAGAUUCUGCAAGAUAACGGCAGUCUUAGCAAAGUGCAGGCCCGAAGAGCGUUCUCUGCCUAUCUCCAGCAUGUUCAGAUUCGCCUGAUGAAAGACAGUGGAGGUCAGACGUUCAGUGCCAGUUGGGCUGCCAAAGAGGAUGAACAGAUGGAGCUAGUGGUUCGCUUCCUUAAACGAGCAUCAAGUAACCUCCAGCACUCGAUGAGGAUGGUAUUACCCAGUCGACGAUUGGCACUUCUGGAACGCAGAAGAAUCUUGGCCCACCAACUGGGUGACUUUAUUCUUGUGUACAACAAGGAAACAGAACAGAUGGCUGAAAAGAAAUCAAAGAAGAAACUUGAGGAAGAGGAGGAAGAUGGGGUGAAUACAGAAAACUUUCAGGAGUUCAUCAGACAAGCAAGUGAGGCUGAACUGGAGGAGGUGUUGACUUUUUAUACCCAAAAAAACAAGUCUGCAAGUGUCUUCCUGGGGACUCGCUCAAAAAGUUCUAAAAACAGCAACAGUUAUUCUGAUAGCAGGGCAAAGGGUGACCACCACGAGACAAUGGAACAAGUGAAAAUAAAGCAACCCAAACAGCAGCAGGCAACAGAAAUUCACUCUGAUAAAUUAUCUCGAUUUACCACUUCAGCAGAACAAGAGGCUAAAUUAGUCUAUACCAAUUCUUCCUCUGCUUCUUUCUCUGGUCCUGCUGCUACUCUUCUGCAGAAAAUUCCCAAUACCCACUUGUCGUCUAUUGUUACAACCUCUGACCUCUCACCAGGGCCUGGCCAUCAUUCUUCUUUAUGUCAGAUUCCUCCAGCUAUCCCCAGCAUGUCUCACCAGCCAACAAUUGUACUGAGCACAGUCCCUGACAGUGCUUCUCCCUUCGUGCAUCCUGGGACACAGAACGUACCAAGCCCGGCUGGCCUGCCCCGCUGUCGAUCAGGCAGUUACACCAUUGGCCCCUUUUCCUCUUUCCAAAGUGCUGCACACAUCUAUAGCCAGAAACUGUCUCGUCCCUCUUCAGCAAAGGCAGCAGGGUCAUGCCAUCCAAACAAGCUGCAUUUGGGAGUGGCUAAAACACAAAAAGAGGGAGAAGAUGAUUCUCCAUCCAGCAAACGGUACAACCCAAGUAUGGUUACGGCCGAGCUCCAGCGGCUGGCUGAGAAGCAGGCGGCCAGGCAGUAUUCCCCAUCCACCCACAUCAGUCUCCUCACCCAGCAGGUAACAAACCUGAAUUUGGCAAGCGGCGCCAUAAGCAGAAGCAGCGCUUCAACGCCCCCCACCCUUCGGCCCGUGAUCAGUCCUAAUGGCCCGACAUGGUCCAUACAGUCAGACCUUCAGGCUCCUGAGAGCCACCCCACCCCUCCUGGAAGCAGGAGCCUUCAAACAGGUGGCUUUGCCUGGGAGGGAGAGGUAGAGAACAACGCAUAUAGCAAGGCUACAGGGGUUGUCCCUCAGCACAAGUAUCACCCCACAGCGGGCAGUUACCAACUCCAUUUUGCCCUGCAGCAACUUGAACAACAAAAACUUCAGUCCCGGCAGCUUCUGGACCAGAGUCGAGCCCGGCAUCAGGCCAUCUUUGGCAGCCAGACACUACCUAACUCCAAUUUAUGGACAAUAAAUAAUGGUGCAGCUUGCAGAAUUUCAAGUGCCACAGCUAGUGGCCAGAAGCCAGCCGUUCUACCGCAAAAAGUGGUGCCAGCUCCAAGUUCUUCCUCCUCGCUGGUCCCCAAGCCCCCAGCCAAUCACAAACAAGUCCUCAGGAAGAUGACAUCCCAGAAGGCCUCCAAAGGGUCCACAGAAGGGCAGCUGAAUGGACUCCAGAGCAGCCUUAACUCUGCAGCCUUUGUGCCCAUCACCAGCUCCACAGGGACCCAGACGCCUCAUCUACACGUGAAGAUGCGCGGAUAUGCUUUGGAAAGCAGGUGGCAGAGGAACCAUCUCGUCAAAACUGCAGAGCUAAGCGGUUUUCUCACCCAUCAUAUGGCACGUUCACUCUCUGUUCCUUUAUUCACAUCUAGUUUCCUCUGCCCAAGCACCAUUUGCCUCCUCUUGCCUGCUUCCCCCCAAUGUGGCUAAUUGCUAUUUGUCCUUUCUCCUUUCCAACCCUCCCCCACUCCCACCCCCAGUAUGAGCUAGAUGGUAUUUGACUGCACUGAGCACUGACUUGUAUCUACUGUGACAUUUAUGACACUCUAGUAUCUUUCUGGAUGACCUGACAGUUCCCCCACUAGGGCCGUAAUUCUCUAGAGGGCAAGGAGGAGUUCCAAUUUGAUUCUGAAAUUCUGGGACCUACCGCAGUGCCCAGCCCAUAGAAGGGACUUACAAAAUUCUGAUUGAAUAGAUGAAUGAGUGAAUUUUCAUAUUUCUGCAAACACCUGUCCACAUAUACAAAUCCUUCUUAUCCUCUAAGUUUCCAGUUCAGGUUUGUCCAAUAAUCUGUAUUCAUAUAAUUAGAUUCAUCUUGCCAUUUUUAAAAUCCCUACAGCACUUACAAUUUAUAAGACAAAGUUUGGCACUCCACUGUAUUUUUGUCAUCUUUUAUCCUACUUACUUCUUGGGUAAAUUGUCCCCAAUAAGACUGUAACUUCCGUGAGGGCGGGAUUACGUUCUGUAUGUUUCUGGAAUCCCUAGCAACAUCCAAAAUGCCUCAUUACCUUGUAAUACCAGCCCUAAAGAAAAGAAUACAUAAAACACAUAAAAUUUUUCUGAAACAUAACCUAUAUCCCCCCUGUUCUUCUGGUUUCAAGAAAAUGCUUAACCUCAAGUUAAAAUGCAUUAACCUUAAAUUUCAUAAAUAAUGCAUUUUGUUAUUUUUUACUAUUUUUUUUAAGUUUAUUUUUAUUUAUUUUGAGAGAGAGAUAGAGAGCAAGUGGGGGAGGGGCAGAGAGCGAGGGAAACAGAGUCGUAAGCAGGCUCUGUGCUGUCAGUGCAGAGCCCGAUAUGGGGCUCGAACCCGUGAACCACAAGAUCCGGACACUCAACUGACUGAGCCACCCAGGCGCUCCUAUAAUGCAUUUUUUUUUUUUUACGAAGCAGUCCGAAAAAUCAGAAGAACCUUCCUUAUAAUUUACCUACUGCAGCAUUUCUAGCCUGUUUCUUGCAAUAUUGUAAAACUACUUCCUCUAAAACAGAGAAGGAGCCACCGCUGCCCUUCAGGUUACAACCUCUUACACAUUCGUGACCAUACUAUAAACCUACCUUGUAAUUACGAUGCAGAAUUCAAAUGUUAGACCACAUCCAAGGAUCUUAUUCUAAGGGAGCAAAGGUUCCCGUAAAAUGAGAUUUAGUUUAUUUGAAAAGCAUCCUCCUUCAGCGUUUUUCCCUCUAUAUCAACUCAUUGGAAGCCUUUGACCUCAUAACACCGAUCAGGUUUCGCUUUUGAGCACUAAACUGUCUUUUUUAUUCCUUUCUGAAUUCUCCAUGCAUUUUUUAGGCUUCUCUUAAAUUAUGUAAUACCUGAACUGGACAACACAGAGAUCUUAGAGAUCUGUCUAGUAUUAUGUGUAGUGUAAGAUGUAUCAUCGUGGUUCUGGAGUCAUGUAAUAGGUUACUUAUAUUGUACAGUGUUCUCAAAAACAAAACAAGUUCUCUCAAUCCUUGUCUCCUACUUUCCCUCCUUACUCUUGCUUCGAGCUCAGUGCCAUAGUAUGGUGUUUUCUAAAAACUGUAAAAAUAGAAAGACGAUACAAUUCAGAAAUUCCACUUCUGGAUGUAUACCCCAAAAGAACCGAAAGCAGGGCCGUGACUGGAUAUUUGUACACUCAGGUUCAUAGCAGCAUUAUUCACAAUAGCCUAAAGGUGGAAGCAUCCCAAGUGUCCCAUCAGUGGAUGAAUGGAUAAACAAAAUGUGGUGUGUGCCAACAAUGGAAUAUUACUCAGCGUUUAAAAAGGAAGGAAGUCCUGACACAUGUGACAUCAUGGAUGAACCUGGAAGAUUUAUGCUAACUACAAGAAGCCAAUCACAGGAAGACUAAUGUUGUAUAAUUUCCACUUAUUGAGGUAGCUAGAGCAAUCAGAUUCAGAGACAGAAAGCAGAAUGGUAGUUACUGGAUGCUGGCCAGAGGGGAGAAUGGGGAGUUUUUUUUAAUGGGCACAGAGCUUCAGGUUUUGAAGAUGAAAAAAGUUCUGCAGGUAGAUGGCAGGGAUGAUUGCACAACGUGAAUGUGCUUAAUGCCACUGGAUUAUUCACUUAAAAAUGGUCACGUGGGUAAUUUUUCCCCUAUCCUCUGGCAACUGUGAAUCUGUUCUCUGUAUCUCUGAGCUUGGCUUUUUGGUUUCCUUUUAGAUUUCACAUGUGAGAUCAUAUGGUAUAUGCCUUUCCCUGUCUGACUUAUUUUACUUAGCAUGAUGCCCUCAAGGUCCGUCCAUGUUGAGCCCAAUGACAAGAUCUCAUUCUUUUUAUGACUGAAUAAUAUUCUAAUGUGUAUAUGUACCACAUUUUCUUUAUUCAUUCAUCCAUCCACGGACACUUAGGUUGUUUCUACGUUUUGGCUGUUGUAAAUCAUGCAAUGAACAUAGGGUGAACAUGCAACGAGUUAGUGUUUUUGUUUUCUUUGGAUAGAUACCUAGAAGUGGAAUUGGUGGAUCGUAUGAGAGUUAUAUUUUUAAUAUUUUGAGGAACCUCUCUAGUUUUACAUAGUGGCUAUACCAAUUUACAUUCCCACCAACAGGGCAACACUUGUUACUUCUUGUCUUUUUGAUUAUAGCCAUUCUUAACAGGUGUGAAGUGAUACCACCUUGUGGUUUUGAUUUGCAUGUCCCUGGUGAUUGGGGAUGUUGAGCACCUUUACAUAUACCUGUUAGCAUUUGUAUGUCUUCUUUGGAGGAACACCUAUUCCAUUCUUCUGCUAUUUUUAAUUGGAUUGUUUGUUUUUACCACUGAGUUGUAUGAGUUCUUUAUAUAUUUUGGGUAUUAACCCUCUAUCAGAUACAAGAUUUGCAAAUAUUUUUGUCCCAUUUGGGAGGUUGCCUUUUCAUUUUGUUUUUUUCUUUACUGUAGAGAAGCUUUUUGGUCGGAUGUAGUCCCACUUGUUUAUUUUUGCUUUUGUCGGCUUUGCUUUUGGUGUCAAAUCCAAAAAAUCAUCACCAAGACCCACAUCAAAGAGCUUACCACCUAUGUUUUCUUCUAGGAGUUUUAUGGUUUUAGGUCUUACGUUCAAGUCUUUAAUCUACUUUUUGAGUUAAUUUUUGUGUAUGGUGUGAGAUAGGGGUCCAGUUUCAUUCUUUUAUAUGCCACUGUCCAGUUUUCCUAACAUCAUUUAUUGGAGACUGUCCUUUCCCCAUUGUAUAUUCUUGGCUCCUUUGUCCUACACUAACUGACCACUUAUGCAUGGGUUUAUUUCUGGGUUCUCUAUUCUAUUCUGUUGAUCUAUGUGUCUGUUUUUAUGCCAGUGCCAUAUGCCAUACUGUUUUGAGUACUAUAGUUUUGUAAUAUAGCUUGAAAUCAGAAAGCAUAAUGCCUCCAGCUUUGUUCUUUUUUGUCAAGAUUGCUUUGAUUCUUUGUGGUCUUUAGAAUUGUUCUAUUUCUGUGAAAAAUGCCAUUGGAAUUUUGAUAGGCAUAGCAUUGAAUCUGCAGAUUGCUUUGGGUGGUAUGGACAUUUUAACAAAAGCGGUUCUUCCAAUCCAUGAGCAUGCAGUAUUUUUCCAUUUAUUUAUGUCUUCUUCAAUUUCUUUCAUCAGUGUCUCAUAGGUAUUCAGUGUAGUCUUUAACCUCCUUGAUUAAAUUAUUCCUAGGUAUUUUAUUCUCUUUGAUAUAAUUGUAAAUGCAAUUCUUUUCUUUUUUUUUAAAUUUGUUUUAAUGUUUAUUUUAUUUUUGAGAGAGAGAGAGCACAAGAAGGGGAGGGGCAGAGAGAGAAUGG